UAUUCCGGGAGUCAACAGGUGCGUAGGAGCGGGCCUCCUCUGUCUCUUUCUCUCUUUUUUUCUCUCUCUCUCUCUCUCUAUUCCUCUCUUUCUCUCCGUCGUUCUCUCUGCUCUCCUCGCGUUUCUUUUCCUUCCUUCCUUCCUGCGUGCCGCGGGCCGACUACGAUUCUCUCCGUCUCCGCAAACGGCGAACGACAACCGGCGCCGACACACCGAUCGAUCGUUCCGCGGGAUUUAUUCGUAAGAUCGCCGCGCGCCGCGUGUCACGCGGACCCGAGAGAACCGCGCCUCGAUCAUCCGUGUGCACUCGCCUUCAUUUUUUUUUCCUCUCGCGAUCUUCUCGUCACAGCUUCUCUCCGCUUCCGUGAUCUCUUCGGCUGGAGGACUGCGUGCAUCGGGAAAGGAGCAAGAGGACUGGAACAACAAAAUGGACAAAUUUAAGGUAACGCUUCUCCUAUGCCUGACCAUCUCAGCCGUCAUGGCGUCAGCCGCGUCGGAGGUGCCGAAGCCCAGCUACGCGCGAACCAUGCUGAAGGUGUCGAGGAGCUUACCAGGCGAGACGGAGGAAUUGCAAGUGCGGACCAGCGAAGGAAGUUUGGCGACUCUGAUCGUCAAACGAAGGGACAAGUCGAUACCCGAGGACAAGCUUGAAGAGACGCAGAGAGUCGAUCUCGAAGAGAAGAACAAGACUUCCAUCCCUCUGCAAGCUUUCAAGCUAGUGAAAAACGAAACAAAGAGCAAAGAAGAAGUGAGGAAACUGGAAGAAGCUCAGAUACAGCAGCUGAGAGCCAAAUUGUCGGACUCCGAUAACCAAAAAGGCGCGGCGAAAGCAGAGAACAGUCUGAGAGAAUUGAAAACAAGUGCGACAGAGAGGGAGCAACAAACGGUUAGCGAGAAGAACAUCGAUUAUGGCAACUGGACACCUUUGGGAACGGAUGGCAGAGCUGUACGCUUAGAGGAAUCCACCACAGAAGAGUACCAGAGCUGGAAACCUCUUCCCAGCGACAUGAAGAGCAAUUUGGAGGAAAGAACCAGCUACGCGAGGUUCGAUCCCGCGUUUCCGACCAGCGGGUUGCUCCUGCUGCGACAUUUCCAGGAUAGAUCACAGAGGAAUCUUCCUGUCCCUGAUCAGUCGGAGGAAAUGACUCGUUACACCUUCCUGCCUCAUCAAAUCCGCUCAACGAGGACCAAUAUAGGGGCCAAUCUGUCGAAGAACAGGGAUGCGAAGAAUGUGCCGCCGGAAGUGAUCGUUCGCUCGGAGAUCAACGUGAAGUCGGGGCCUAAGAGAACUCCCAUGACCAUCGACAGGGAUGGAACACCUGUUAUCCAUGGGAAGAGGGUCCCCGAUGAGCCUAUCGAUAAGAUUCAGACCUGGCGCAACGCUAGAGUGAUCAAUAAUAAAUUGAUACACGAAGGAGCCAACGCUGACAUGCUGGAUCCGUCUGUGAGCUACUAUCAGGAAACUGGGGAGAAGCAAGGCUUCGAGAGGUUCUUCAGGAACGUGAAUAAGAGGUACGGAAAAGACAUCGAAGAGGAAGGAAAGAACGUGUUCUUCGAAUGGGACCCGAAGAACUACAAGAACGAAGCCCUGAAGGCAGAGGUGUACGAGCCAAGAAACGAUAACUACCGCGCGAGCGGUCACAAAAGGAUGCUCCAUCCCGACGGAGUGGCAGUGUACCCUGUCUCCCAGUUGUACAGCACGCCGGAAAGCCAAAAAAUCGCCCCGGUGGCCUUGAAACCAGGUGCCAGAGCACCUGUCCUCCAAUACGCUCACCCAGAAUUGGGUGUGCAACCGGCGAAGAUCCUGAAGAACGAGAAGAAGCGUCCAGACAACUUUCCUGAGAACCAGUACUCGUUCACGGAGCAAAAGCAGAAGAAGAAGUACGUUUUGAAUGAUAAGAACAUCGUGGACACUUACACGACCAAGAACUACUACCCGAACCAACACUUUUACGGGCUGAAACGCCCGAACGACGCGCCAUUCUGGGUCAAGAUCUCCGAGAACCUGAAGAGCCAGUUCUCGAACGGCGUCGAGAAGGUGUCACAGUUCACGCGGCCAGUGAUCGAUCCCUUAGUAGAAGCUACACACAAGAUAUCGCAGAACCUAGGCCUAUCCAAGGGAAAGGAGGCUCAAGAAAAGAUUGGCACCGUUGCUUCCGGCAGCAGUAUCUUGAUUCCAGCAUUAGGACUAGUUGCAUCCGGAGCUGCUUUGGGCAUAGGAGCAGUGGCAGUUGGCAGAUACCUAGACGUCGACGUUUUAAAACGAUCGAACGGCGUGAUGGGUAGCGAGAUAGAGUACCAGAGAGCUCUGGAUGCUGAUCGUCCUUUCGGCGAGCAAGAUUCUGAGUCUUCUCAGAGGAACAAUGGAAAGUUCAUCGGAGGGCCGGUGUAUUUCCUUGAGAAUCUCCCGAGGAAUAUACAUUCCAGCGACGUUAGGAAUGAUAAUGAUAACUCGAGUAAAGAGAAUGGUGUCCUGGUGAUCCUCGAAGAGGAUCAGAAGACAGAGAACCAACAGAAGGAAAAGGAAACGGGAUCAGGGUCUGUGGUGAGCAGAAGCAAGAGGAGUUCGGACUACUUGGACAUUUUCCAGGCGGAUGGGGACUUCAGGAACCUAGUAAGGAGCAAGAGGUUCCAGAGGAAAGGCGCGGAUUCCAUCAGCGAGAUUGUGGAGAUCGAUCUACCGGCUAAAGAAGACAGCAUCGAUGUUACUGAACUUCUUAUUCCGAGGAAGAAGACGGCGGCUGAGAGCUAUGGCAAGGAAAAGGAGGAAGAUGCGUCGAUUUUGAUAGUCGAGGAUGGUUCCAGGCCUUUGAAACUGUUUGACGAUCGAUUAGGGGCUGAAGCUUCUAAAGGGAAUGAUUUGGAUAGUUCGGCUGGAGCUUUAGAUGAUACGGAAGGGAAGAAGAAUUCUGUGGAUGGCAGAAACGAGAGGCGAAGGAGGAGUGUGGAGGGUGAUCAGGAGCUUGAGGAUGCUCUUCAGAACUUGGAGAACGCGGAAGUGGCCGAGGUCGCGCAUAUCGAUGGGGAUUGGACGAAUACGCCGUGCGCGAAAAGAAUAUUCUGCGACGCCAUGGUACAAAGGGGCGCUGAUGCGGUUAUUAUGAUGGAGAAGAAAAUGGCGGCUUUGCUGGGCCUGAUCCAGCCGGGUGCCGCUGUCCAGGUGUCCAGUCAUUUUCAGGAAGUGAUGGACGCGGUGAGGAGACACGAUUGUUCCAGCUUUCUGUGCCCCCAAGCCAGGCCUGGCAACGUGUUCUUCUAAAUCCCACUGUUCCCACCGGGAUUCCCGCACGAAAAACGGCGCGAUCGUGGAAAGCCGGACGCUGAUAAUAAAUCUGCGUAGCUGCGGGCCCGGUGAAAGCGGACCACCGGAUCGCGUUAUGGGAUUCCGAACGAAUAUCUGAUCACCUUCGCAAGCGUGCGCAAUCGUCAUCUUGAGGACUGCAUUCGCUUUAUAGUCAACGACCGAAAGAUUAAGGCCACCUUAACUGAUAUCGAUUGAGAAUAUUUAGUAACCCGAGUAAUUAGAUAAUAGUAAAACGCGAGAACUGUGAUGCUAAAUUGUUAAUUGGUAAUUGUAAUGUGUCUUUGUAAUGUGUCAAGAGCCAGCAAAGGAAUUAAGCAUGAGUUAUGACAAAUUGAUAUGAGGAAAUGAACAGGUAUUGGUAGAUUCUCAAAGAUGGCACUAAUUUUUUUAUUAGGGACUGUUGAACUUUACGCUAUCCGUAAUUAUUCGAAUGGGGUUGACUCUUUAUUUGUCCUUGGCGUAAUGAAAUGUUGAAAUUUUGUGUAACGAUGGUUAGAUGUCUUUUUGCUGAUGUUAUUAACAUGGUGAUUAUUUUUCUGCAACUACUAUUGAUGGUUACUGUGUGCAGUUGUAAUUUAUUGAUGUAAUGUAUAUCAUUUGGAUAAUUAUGGAUGGUUGUGUGCGUCCGAAGGGAUCGAAAUUCGAGGAAUUCCCGAAAGUGACGAGAGUAAUUUAGCCUAAGUCGAAGAAGCUAAGGAAACAGCGGAAAAAGAAGAUGAGAGAAAAUGGACGAAUUUACGGCCACAUCUGCACUUCGAAAUUCUCAUUUGAAUAUUCAUUUAUUUUUUCUAUUUUUCUUGUGUUUACUUCUAGCUCAUUACUUUUUCGCUUUCGUUUUCAUAAUCCGAUUCGUAAGUUGUUCCAAUUUUCGAACAUUAAUUUCUAAUUUGUAUCUCUCGAUUCCUCGAGACGCGUAGAAUUAAGAGUGACGUUUCAGGCAUCAAUCGGACCAUAAAUUCCAUUUACUGUCAUUUUCAUUUUCAAGCAGAUUCUCGGAGAAGAGACUGCAAACCGGUCUCGAGCCAAAAGUGUACAUACCUGCCACUCUAUUUAAUGUCAUGCCUAAGCAAUUAAUCUUAAGAGAUUAGAGAAUAAGAUUUAGAAUCCAGAUUGGCGAUCAAUACGAAGAUCCUUCCGUUGGCAAGAGCUGGGUAACUUGAAUUUAACCUUAUCCAUUUUAGACGGUGGACCGAACGUUUCGAGAUCCAGGAGAUUAUGAUAAUUAUUACCGUUACAUCGUCAUUUUAGUUGAGGCAGGAUCAAUUUAGUUGAUCCCCUUGCCUUUCAAUUCUAAUGAGAUUCAUUAACCAAUAUCUUUAAUGAAUAUAAUGAUGUAACAAUUAAUACGUUUCCGAUUAUUCAUUUUGUUUUUACUUUCAAAGUAAUAAACAAAUUUUGUUAACAAAACGUAAUAAUAGAAUAAUUACAAUUUUCAUAUUUUUUCCUAAUUACAAGUUUUGUUUUUACUUUCAAAGUAGUUAACAAAUUUUCCGAAUUAAACUGAAUUUUUCUGGGACUCGAGGAACUUUGUAUGCGCGUGUUCGACGUACGACUCUAACCGUGAGAUUUGGGUCAAAUUUGAGUUUCCCUUGGGUCUUCACUUUCACUCGAUCGCCGGGUUCGACGCGAAUGUUCGAUCCCGUCGACUCUCGCGCCCGCUGAACAUAAUUGUAAGAUGGUUUUGGAUUCAUUUUUCGCGGGGUUUCGACUCGAACAUACGUCAAAACUGGACUGGGGAUUCUUAUGCAAAUUUACAUUUUCAUAAAUGUAAUUUAAAAAAAUUUAGAUUUUUAAGAGUAUACUUUAAAAAGUUCAAAUUUUUAAGCAUAUAAUUUGCAAAAUUCAGAUUUUCAGAAAUAUAAUUCAAGCAUACACUGAAAAAAAUUCAAAUUUUUAAGAACAGUAUGUAAAAAUUCACAUUUUUACGAAUAUAAUUAGAUAAAUGGAAUUCUUACUAAGAAUAGUUUCUCAUAACAAACGUUCCCGAAUGCUCUACACUAUGGAUAGUUUAUAUAUUUGUUCGUUUUCUAUGCAUUUCGUGCAAGUUUACGCUCUCAAGUAUCUCAACAGCCAUGAAGAUCCACAGUCUGGUCGCAACAGAUAGAUAUUUAUUUCGUUCCCAUUUUCGUCGCGGGGAGAGCUCGGAUUUCUCGAGAUGCAUCGAAUGUACGUGCAAACUAGUAAUAAAACGUGUGUUCUUUCGUUUUUACAGUAAUCGUGAGACUUUUAACUCUUGACCAAUCCCCCUGCUUCACGAAACGAAAAUGAAUACUUAAAGAUAGAAGUUAUUUAUUUUGUACUGCGUGUUAUGUAUGAUCCUAACGAAUGAAAUAUAUUAUUUUAUAUGACAUCCAUCAUCUGAUUUCGUCGAAAGUAAUCGAGUGCGAGUUUGUCGAGUAGAAGAAAAUUAUCAACGAAUCAUUUCAUUAUUUUUAUCUAUGACAAACACUGGACUAUUUUAACAUUUC